CUAAAAAAAAUGUUAUAUAAAAUUUAAAAGAUUUUUUAUAUAAACAUUCUAUUGUGUCCAACGAAUGAAAAGGAAACUGAUACCGCAAAACUUUUGUCCACAAGCUCUAUUCCGUAGGAAAAGGAAUUAACUGCACGUCAAGGAUCUCAUGAACUAUUUGUCAUCUGUUUUCGACUAGACUUCGACAGUAGUGUUCAGAUAGUCGUAAGAACCAGAUAGGGAAAAACCCAUUUUUAAUUUUACAAAAUUUUAAAUUUGUAUAAAGGAUCCCAAAAAAAAGGAUAAAAACCUAAAUUACAGUCUCAGCCCAUCUAUCAAAAAAGGGGAUAAUUAUGAGUAGCAGGCGAUCGAUUGGGUCUUACCGUGGUUCUAGGCGAGAUUCCGUACACACGGAUGCUCCGUGCAACCCAUUUGACACCCGGAACUCUGAGGUGGUCCCCAGACCCUAUGAAUUGAUGCGUCAACGGAACUGCAAGACUGAGAAAUUCAUUCCAUUUGAGCGCUAUCCCACCAUUCGACCACCUGUGUCCAAGUGCAGUUACGAUAACACCAAGAACUGGCUGUCGGAGUCGGUGGAUCAGGGAGGAUGUGUAGAUAUCAGUGCUAAAGCGCAGGACGCUCUUAAGAUCUGGAAGAAUAGCCCGCACAAGAGCACUCUGAAGUACUAUGGCGUUGCAAGUGGGGCCUAUCUACCGGAGGCUGUUAAAUUUAACCGUACCUUGUCAAGCAGCCUAAAACACGCUAGUGGCUUAAGGAAACGAGUUCCUAGUCCACCGCUUGCACCUAAGCCCAAAAGACCGCCACAACCAGCUCCCCUGUGUCAACCAUACAUCCUCAACCGACAGGCCCUGAAAGCAGAGCUCCAAAGGAUGCCCAUUGCGCGGCAGAAACUGCAUCCCAAAGAGGCUUUUGGAACGCUAUUCUGUGAAAAGACCCAGGAUCCUAUGGAUCCCCUUGGAGUGGAAGCGGCAACUACUAGAAUGGUGAGUUUGAGAGAAGCCCUGGACAUGGCCAGGCCGGAGAAGCCUCCAAAUCACGGCCUGAGACGCAAUCACUGGUACUGCCCCGCGAAAUGUGGCGAACGGGAGAACAAGUGCACCGACUACGAGUGGGCCAAGUACAAGUUGGACUCCCGACCCUACGAUGAGGCCUUCCACAAGUGGUUCCUCGACCAGAAAGCACCACCGGAUAACGAGCCACACGACUAUGAUGAGCUCUAUAGGCGAUUCCAAGCCUGCUUCGAGGUGAAACCCCAACCAGAUCCGGAUUGCAUGGCCAUGGCGAAGUGCUGUGCAAAUGUGUUCAAGGAACUAUAUGAGGAGGGAGGUGGUGGAGCAGGUGGCGGAGGAGCAGGUGGAUGGGGAGGCGAUGGAGAAACUGGAGAAGGUGGUGGCGGACCUAAGAAAGAUGGUCAGAAAGGUCAGCCUGGUGGCCCAGGUCCUGAAGGUACAAAUCGGCCAGAAAAAGACAAAGAUAAAGGUGAUGGCGACAAAGAAGAUAUAGAAAAGGAUAAAACCAAGGGCAAGGGCAAAGGUACAGAUAAAGAUAAGGAAACUGAAAAGGAUAAGGAAGGGGAUAAAAAAGACAAGGACAAGAAAAAAGAAAAGAUUCAGGACCCAGAUAAAGGUAAAGACAAGGAUCUGGACAAGGAAGGAAAGGAUCAAAAGGAAAAGGGCAAAGGCAAGGAUAAAAAUAAGGGGACCAACCCGGAUGAGGAACCGGAAUCGGGCAAGAAAAAGGACGUGAAAGAUCCAGGUCUGGAAAAACCGAAACCUCUUAAGCCACCGAAACCACCCAAGGACCAAAUCGAAAGCAACACCGAUACGUCCACUCGGAAUUUUUCCUCUCUGGACACAAGGGAUUCGGAUAGAGUGCCGAGCAACCCAAUUGAACCACCAACUGAGGAGCCUCCGCCAAAAGGGGAAAUUGAGGAGAAGCCGCUGAAGCCCCCUAGUAAGCCCAGCAAGAAACCGCCCAGUAAGAAACCAGGCAAGCCCAAGCCUCCGAGGGUCGACAAGGGGGAAAAGGACAAAGAGGAGGAGGCCGUGAAGGAUGAGUGUCCCACUUGUCCUCCAGCAGACUGCCCCUGCUCCAUUUGCGACUGUCUCUACGCUCAAAAGCUGCCCGUUUCCCCGGCUAUGAAAAAGGUGUUUGCCCAGGAGAAGACUCGCAAAAUGAGGGAGUACCUCCGGCAAAUGCGCCACCGGGAGUACAUGGAGUGCGCUGGCCAAAAGCCGACGGCUCCCCAGCACAAGGUGGACCCCAUCAGCUGCGACAACUGCUUCUGCCAGGAUCCCAAGAUAUCCGAGUACUGUGAGUGCCUGGGCGCCCUGCAACAUUUGCAGCGGCUCCUGGGCAAGAAGCGCCAUCCGAUCGUCAACAACGAGCUGCUCUUCAACCUCGACGAUCUCCGCCAGAGGAUCGCCCAGCGAAUGUGCGAGUGCAUCUGAGAAGUCUUAUUCGACCGUUUUAUUGGCUUGUAUCCUUUGACACAU